GUAGAGGAAGGAUAAAGGGUCGCCGGCGGCAUGUAGAUCUUCAGCCUUGGGCUGGCCCUGCUCAGUCCCUGGAUGAAGAAGCCUUGAGGUUCCUGAGCUAGAUCAGCACCACCCAGAUCGCUUGCAAGCGCAUGAACACAGAGGGCCUGGCCCCCAGCUCCAGCCUCGCAUGGAAGCCCUGGUCCGUGUGUCUUGACGACAGGUUCGGCUUCACUCGUCAAAUCCGCAGCAAGCAGGACCGCCUCUGCCCCUUAGGGCUGGGAAGCGAUGACACCCAUUUUGAGGUCAGCAUGGCCAAGGAUGGGUGUGAAGUGCAUCGUUUUGAUCCGAGUGUCCAAUCACCUCACAUUCUGGAUAGUCAGCGCCCUUGGCAUCACCGCUUGUCCAUUGAUGGGGCGGAUCCCCAUCCAGCUGUUGCUGCCCAAAGACCACAUGUCAACACCAGAAAACUGGGAAGCAUUUUGAGUGAGUUUGGGCACCACAAGAUUGAUGUUCUCAAGGCAGAGUUGGAAAAUGCGGAAUGGAAAGUUCUGGAAAAUCUUAUUCUGGAAGAUGUGCUUGAGCACAUUGGACAGUUCACCUUUGAGAUCCAUCUCCACUGGCCCGGGUUCGAGGUCAGUGGUGGCGACAACAGUGUUGUGUGGUUCUGGUACAGCCUCCUCAGAGAACGAAAAGAUUUCAGGCUUUUUCACAGUUACAAAGAUUUAUCUAAACCUCAGGGGUUCCUGAAGAAGGAAAUUUUCAAUGCGAGUAGCUGUUAUACUUUGAGUUGGGUGAAGACAAGAUGGAAAUAG